AUGAAGAAAGGGACAAAAAAAAACAGCGCUAAGAAGGAGGAAAAGAAGGUUCUCCUAAAGGAGUUGAAAAAGUUAAAGGAAGACCUGACUGCAGAAAAUAAAAUUGCCGAUGAGAUUAAGGAAAAAAUUAAGAAUAUAGAUGCAACGGUUUUUUUGGGCUACCACGACAUAAAGGUCCUAAAACUGGAGGAAAAAAAAAAAGAAAUCGAGCUGGAAGAAAACAAGUCCCACAAAAUCCUCUCCUCCAGAAAAGUCGAAAACGUCAUAAACAAAUUUGUGCUCAAAUGUUAUGAAGCCUUUUUAGAGAAUUUGGCCAAAAAUGAAAUCGAGCUGCACGGCUACACCCAAAUUUCGGAGGAAGAUGAAAAGAAGCAGGAGGAAAACAAAGACUACCAGAAACUAACCACUGUGACCAGCAUCCAACAUUUGAAUAAACUAAACUCUAUUGUCCUCUCGCAAAACGAAAUGAUAGCGGAAAUUAACAGGAGGUUUAUUAGCAGCCUUAAAAAGGCCAAGGAAAACUGUUCCCGGAAGAUUAAUAUAGAAAGGGAAAAACUAGACAAGAAGAGGCAAAAAGUCAUUUUCAAAUUGCAGUCCGAAAAGAACGAGGCCAUCAAAAACAUCCUCGCAGGGUACAAUGAAAAAAUCGUUAACAUGCAAAGCUACUUUAAACUAAUUCUGGACGACCAGAUAGGGAUUAUUCAAAAGUUGGAGAAUGAAAAGUUGAAUAAGAGGAAAAUCUUCCUCUCGAAAAAAAAUCACUUGGAAGAAUUAAAAAAGGAUAUAGCAACUCACACAAAAAAAUUAGAGCAGCUGGACAAAGAUGUGGGUAUCCUUGAGAAAAACAUCGUCGACUAUGAAAAGCUGAAAACGGAUCUAAAGAGAAUAAAAGAAAAAAGAAAAAAACAGCAAAAGAUCCUAACGGAAUUGAAGCUUGAGGCAGACAUAAAAAAAAUGCUCUUGGCAAAAAUCUCCAAAGAAUACGAAGGUGCGUAUGCGCGAAGUAGGAUGAAGCUGUAUGACUACCUGCAGAGGGUGCUGUUAGAGAACUACUUCUUGGAGACGAAAAUAAAACUGAAGAGCGAAGCCCUUGAAAUAAACAACCUCGAGCUUUCCAAGUGGAAGGAAUCAUUGGAUCCAGAGCAGAACGAAAUAUUGAACAGAACGCUGAGGGAGAAAUUCUACAAAUUUGAAAAGCUACGGAAGGACGUCGAUGAUUUGAUAGACACAAAUGAAAAGAACAAAGAAAACUACGAAGCCAUCAUGCACCUUAACUAUUUCUCGAAUGAAGAUCUCGACGUUUUGAAAAGAGAAAACGUGUUUUAA